AUGGCGUCCGACGGCGUUAUUUUCACAGCGCCUUUGUCCCAGAGUUUUGGAUAUGGAAUUAUCCUAGGUCUGGGGUUUGCAUUUGCACUACUGAUGAUUUUUAUCACUUGGGCUUUGAAACGCUAUCAGAAUGAAGUCCAAACGUCUGAGAUGUUCUCAACCGCAGGCCGGUCCGUCAAAUCAGGACUAGUUGCUGCCGCUGUUGUCAGUAGCUGGACAUGGGCUGCAACCCUUCUUCAGUCAUCUGCAGUCGCAUACAAAUACGGUGUCUCUGGACCAUUUUUCUACGCAUCAGGCGCCACUGUCCAGAUUCUCCUAUUCGCAACACUAGCUAUCGAGCUCAAACGCCGUGCGCCGAACGCACACACUUUCUUGGAAGUCGUCCGCGCUCGAUAUGGAACCCUUGUACACAUCGUCUUCAUAGUCUUUUGCUUGAUGACCAACAUUCUGGUUACAGCGAUGCUGCUCACCGGUGGAUCAGCCGUGAUGACAUCUUUGACUGGAGUUCCUACUGCGGCAGCCUGCUUCCUGCUCCCGAUUGGUGUGGUGCUAUAUACUCUCUUCGGUGGCAUCAAGGCUACUUUUAUUACGGAUUACUUGCACACCGUGGUUAUUCUGGUAGUCAUCUUCCUCUUCGCCUUCUCUGCUUAUGCCACAAACGCCGAGCUAGGAUCGCCAUCAAAGGUGUACGAUGCGCUAGUUGCCGCAUCCCAGCGUCACCCUGUUGAGGGUAAUGCCGAGGGCAGCUACUUAACUAUGCGCUCUAAGGAGGGUGGUAUCUUCUGGAUAAUCAACCUAGUUGGAAACUUCGGCACCGUCUUCUUGGACAAUGGUUAUUACAACAAGGCUAUCGCCGCUAGCCCUGUCCAUGCAUUCCCAGGAUACGUGAUUGGUGGCAUCUGCUGGUUCGCAAUUCCCUGGCUAUGCGCAAGCACAAUGGGCCUCGCAGCGCUGGCACUAGAAGGCUCGCAGCGCCUGAGCUCCAACGACGUGUCUGCCGGACUAGUACUCCCCUUCGCAGCUGUCAAGCUGCUCGGCUAUAGUGGUGCAGUCGCCACAACACUGAUGAUCUUCAUGGCUGUGACAUCCGCAUUCUCUGCGCAGCUGAUCGCCGUCUCUUCGAUCUUCACCUACGAUAUCUACGCCGCCUACAUUGACCCAAGCGCAAAGGGCAAGAGACUUGUCUGGAUUUCGCACAUGUCCUGUAUCGUCUACUCAAUCGUCAUGGCGGCCUUUGCGACGGGUCUCUACUACGCCGGUAUCGGUAUGGGAUAUCUCUACCUGCUAAUGGGCGUUAUCAUCUCUUCCGCCGUCUUCCCUGGUGCCAUGACCCUGCUCUGGAAGGGCCAGAACAAGAUCGCAGCAGCCUUAUCACCACCCCUCGGCCUGGCAGUCUCCCUCAUUGCCUGGCUAGUGACAGCCAAGAAGCAAUACGGAGUCCUAACCGUUGACACCACUGGCGCUAACUACCCCAUGCUUGCUGGAAAUGUCGCCGCCCUCCUCAGCCCAUUAAUCUUCGUCCCACUCCUCACCUACACCUUUGGCUCACAAAACUAUGACUACGGAUCAAUGCGCGCAAUCCGCAAAGUCGACGACACAGAAGUCGCCGCUGCCGCCCACGUCGAUCUCGAACUAGUCCCAGGCGAGGCUGGUCCCACGCAAGCCGAGAGCGAAGAAGAAACACGCCAACUCAACCGCUCAGCAUUAUACGCGCGCACGCUGACAGUCUUUAUGGCAUUUGCUUUCCUUAUCCUCUGGCCGAUCCCGAUGUAUGGGACGUCAUAUGUGUUCAGCAAGAAGUUCUUCACGGGCUGGGUUGUUGUCGGAAUUAUCUGGUUGUUCUUUACUCUGUUUGGUGUUGUGGUGUUCCCACUGUACGAGGGACGGGCGAGUAUUGCUCGUGUCGUGCGGAUGAUGUCGCUUGAUCUUGUGGGGAAGAAGCCUAAGGUUUACCGCGGCACGAGGGAUGGUGGUGAUGAUACGGCUACUCCUUCUGGGGUUGCGACGCCGACGGAGAUGCUUGGAGAGAAGGAUAAGCUGGGCUCGGAGAAGGAGAUCUGA